AUGAACUGGCGGCUUGUUGAUCUCGUCUCCUUGCUGUUCCUAUGGGACAGGCUGGCUUUAACCCUCCACUGCUGGGCACUUCUGGUACUUUCCUGUCAUCACCAAGACCAACAUGCCACCAGCCCUCUCGACUGGCUGCUCUCAGACAAAGGACCUUUCCACCGCGCUCGGGAUUAUUCCAAUUUCCUAGACAGAUACCGCCAGGGAUUUACUACCAGAUAUAAAAUCUACAGAGAGUUUGGUCGAUGGAAGGUGAAUAAUCUGGCUGUGGAAAGAAGAAAUUUUUUGGGCUCAGAUUUGCCCCUAGCUCCAGAGUUUAUCAAGAACAUACGUUUGUUGGGACGGAGACCGAGUCCGCAACAGAUAAUUGACAACCUGAUCAAGAAAUAUGGCACGCAUUUUCUACAAUCUGGAACACUUGGAGGAGAAGAAUCACUGACUAUUUUUGUGGACAAACAGAAGUUGAAUAAGAAGACUGAUCUCAACAAUAAUUCUGCUAUCAGUUUGGACACACUCCACCAACUGGCUGCUUCCUAUUUCAUUGACCGUGAGACCACAUUACGGAAGCUCCAUGAGAUUCAGAUCGCCUCUUCAGCAAUCAAGGUAACUGAAACCAGAACAGGACCUCUUGGAUGCAGUAACUAUGACAACCUAGACUCUGUCAGUUCAGUUCUGGUACAAAGUCCUGAGAACAAAAUUCACUUACAAGGCCUACAGAACAUUCUGCCUGGGCAUUUACGGGAACGGUUUGUCGAAGCUGCUCUCAGUUACAUUGCCUGUAACUCGGAGGGCAGCUUCAUCUGCAAGAACCAUGACUGCUGGUGCCAGUGCACACCCAAAUACCCAGAGUGUAAUUGUCCUUACAUGGAUAUCCAAGCCUUGGAGGACAGUCUGCUGUGGAUAACAGACACCUGGACCAACUACAACAAAGAGUUUGAAGUGACGGAUGAGUUCAAGAUUUUCCUGAAGAAGUUGCCAACUGAGUAUUUCCUGAACUCUUCGACUCUACUGCAGCUGUGGACUAUGGACUUCAGUCUCCAGCAUCGCUAUGAGCAGCUGGAGGCCAGCUUAAAGGGUCUCUUCAACAAGGCACAGAAGACCGUCCGCAAACUCUUCAGCCUAAGUAAGCGCUGCCAGAAACAACCGAAAUUCGUCCUUCCCAGAGAAAGGUACAGGAUAUUCACACACAACAACAUCUAG